GGUUUAUAUACUGGGCAUUUGCCCUGACAAGGGGGGUUCAAUGGUACAUACCUUGUACCUUUCUGAGAUAUAUUUGUUGAUAGGAUCUUAUAUAAAAGUGAAAGUAUACUUGUUUUAGGAGAAGGUAGCACUGGGAGACAAACAUGUUUUACCGACCGGGCAAGGAAGAUCAUGGGCUACCAUACGAUCCAUUUAAGGCCUGCGUCGUCCCCCGCCCCAUCGGCUGGAUCUCCACCCUCUCCCCCACCGGCACCGCAAACCUCGCCCCUUACUCCCAAUUCAACAACCUCACCUUCGACCCCCCCUAUGUUAUGUUCAGCGCAAACCAAACCCCCAGCUCCACGCAAAAAGACACAGUCCGCAACGUCGAAGCUACAGGGAAAUUCAUCUGGAAUCUAGCUACGUACGAGCUGCGCGAGCAAGUCAACAUCAGCGCGGUCCAAGAAGCCUAUGGCGUUGAUGAAUUCGAGAAAGCGGGGCUGGAAAAGGAAGGGAGCAAGCUUAGUUCUGUGCGCAUCGCCCCUCGAGAUGGAGUGGAGGCUGGGAAGCACGAACAGAUGUUUAUCCCAAUGGUAAAGCAGAGUCCCAUCAAGUUCGAGUGCGAGUACCACAGCACGUUGCGUCUUCCAGGGAAUCCGCCAAUGGGGUCUGUAGAUGUAGUUAUCGGGAAGGUAGUUGGCGUGCAUAUUGAUGAGCGCGUGUUGACGGAUGGCAAGAUUGAUAUUAGGAAGACGCAGCCGAUUGCGCGGUGUGGGUAUUAUGAGUAUGCGGUUGUGAGGGAGGUGUUUGAGAUGAGAAUUCCUGGAGAGGACAAAGCGAUUAUGGCGGGGUUGGAGGGGAGUGCGAGGGAGAAUAGGAAGUUGGAUGAUGGGGGUGGGAAGUAGAUUGAAAUGGGAUCUUAGAGGAGGUAUCAAAUUCGAGUUGUCGUUAUCGUCUUUUUGCGCAAGUGACACAAGUAGUUAUCAAGGUGAUAACAUUGGUAUAGUCUCAUUGAUACGCUUGCAUAAUUC